CAAACAACAUUUUCUGUUGAAAAAUGGGAAAUAUGUUGAAAUUAUUGGAAAAUAUGUUCAUGAAGAGAAAUAAGAAGAAACCAUUGCCCAUAGAAACAAUUUCAAGAUUAUCUACUCAACCACCCGACUUUCCAAAAGGAGGUGGGUUUGCAACGGGGGCUAUUGAUUUAGGAGGAUUGGAAGUAUGUCAAGUGUCUUCGUUUAACAAAAUAUGGGCCACCAAUGAAGGUGGACCGGGCAAUCUUGGCGCAACGUUUUAUGAGCCGUCUUCAAUGCCAGACGGCUUCUUUGUGCUUGGUCACUAUAGCCAAUGCAACAACAAGCCUUUAUUCGGGUGGGUUCUAGGCGCUAAGCAUGGUGCAAGUGACCCCUCGUCACUUGCCAUACCAACUAGUUAUUCACUCGUAUGGACGAGUGAGUCUCAAAAGAUAAAGCAAGAUAACAAUGGCUACAUUUGGCUCCCGGUGGCUCCGGAUGGCUACAAAGCCGUUGGCUAUGUUGUCACGCCCUCGCCUGAAAAGCCGUCGAUGGAAAGAAUCCGAUGCGUUCGAUCGGAUUAUACAGAAAUUGCUGAAUUUGAUAGGUGGAUUUGGGGAUUAAAAAAUGAGAUUGAUCCUAAUGGGUUGAAUGUCUAUGGGUCAAGACCAAAAGAUAGAGGGGUUCAAGCAAUGGGUGUAUCAACCGGUUCAUUUAUGGUCCAAAACACAGGUGGUUCAGCUGACGUGUCACUGCCCUAUUGUUUGAAAAAUACCAAAAGUACCCUAUUGGCCAAGCCUAUGCCUAAUUUAUCUCAAAUCAAUGCUUUGAUCGAUGCAUAUUCACCAAUAAUAUAUUUUCAUCCUGAUGAAAAAUAUCUUCCUUCUACGGUUAAUUGGUAUUUUCAAAAUGGUGCCUUGUUGUACCAAAAAGGGUUAGAAAAUUCCCCUAGCCCGAUCGAACCAGAUGGUUCGAAUCUCCCUCAAGGUGGCUCAGACGAUGGGUCAUAUUGGCUAGACCUCCCCAUCGAUAAUUCGGCUAAAGAGAGAGUCAAGAAAGGUGAUUUAGAUAGCGCUAACGCCUAUUUUCAUGUAAAACCCAUGUUUGGUGCAACAUUUACUGACAUAGCCGUAUGGGUAUUUUACCCGUUUAACGGGCCAGCAAGGGCAAAAUUGGAAUUUCUCACCAUUUCUCUAGGAAAAAUAGGGGAACAUGUUGGUGAUUGGGAGCAUUUGACAUUAAGGGUCAGUAACUUUGAUGGUAGUUUAAAAAGUGUCUAUUUUUCAGAACAUAGUGGAGGUACAUUGCUAGAUGCAUCACAAGUCGAGUUCGAAAAAGGAAAUAAACCCGUCGCAUACGCUUCUUUAAACGGACACGCGUUUUACUCAAAACCGGGGCUUGUUUUACAAGGCAAUGGGAGGAAUGGUAUUAGAAACGACACGGCUAAAGGGAAGGCGGUUAUGGACACUGGAGUCAGGGCGGUUGUGGUUUAUGUGGACCACUUAACCGUGGUGGAGCCACCGUGGUUGAACUAUAGUAGAAAAUGGGGUCCAAAAUUAAGUUAUGACAUUGCAAAGGAGAUAGAGAAAGUGAAGAAGGUAUUGCCAGGGAGACUUAAAGAAGUAUUUGAAAGGAUUGUAAAUGGUGUUCCAAAUGAGGUUUUAGGGGAAGAAGGUCCUUCCGGUCCUAAAAUGAAAAAUAAUUGGAGUGGAGAUGAAAAAUAUUAAAUAACAUUAUAAAUUAUUACAACUUAUUGUAUGUAUUUAUUUAAAAUAAAAUGAUUUGUGAAAUAUAAAAUUGUAGAAACUUGUUUAUUAUUUGUUAUCUUUGUUACACCUAACUUUACGUUCAUAUUGAGAAAGUCA